GGCGGGGCGCGGGGCGUGCGGGCGGGGCGCGGGCGGCUCGAGGGGUCGGGCCCGGCGGCCUCGGGAGCCCGACCGGCCGCGGAGGAGCGGGCGCCGCGAUGGCCGAGGGCAGCGCCGUGUCCGACCCUCAGCACGCCGCGCGCCUGCUGCGGGCGCUCAGCUCUUUCCGCGAGGAGUCCCGCUUCUGCGACGCGCACCUGGUCCUGGACGGGGAGGAGAUCCCCGUGCAGAAGAACAUCCUGGCGGCGGCCAGCCCGUACAUCAGGACAAAGUUAAACUAUAAUCCUCCAAAAGAUGAUGGAUCCACUUAUAAGAUUGAACUUGAAGGGAUAUCGGUAAUGGUUAUGAGAGAGAUCCUGGAUUACAUCUUCAGUGGGCAGAUCAGGCUCAAUGAAGACACAAUCCAAGAUGUGGUCCAGGCAGCGGACCUGCUGCUACUGACAGACCUAAAAACCCUGUGCUGCGAGUUCCUAGAAGGCUGCAUCGCAGCUGAGAACUGCAUCGGCAUCCGCGACUUCGCGCUGCACUACUGCCUGCACCAUGUGCAUUACCUCGCCACCGAGUUCCUGGAGACGCACUUCCGGGACGUCAGCAGCACGGAGGAGUUCCUCGAGCUCAGUCCCCAGAAGCUCAAAGAGGUGAUCUCUCUAGAGAAGCUAAACGUUGGCAACGAAAGAUACGUGUUUGAAGCAGUCAUCCGAUGGAUAGCGCAUGACACGGAACUAAGAAAGGUCCACAUGAAGGACGUCAUGUCGGCGCUCUGGGUCUCAGGGUUGGACUCCAGUUAUCUACGGGAGCAGAUGCUGAAUGAACCGUUGGUGCGAGAAAUCGUCAAAGAGUGCAGCAACAUCCCGCUGAGCCAGCCGCAGCAGGGGGAGGCCAUGCUGGCCAACUUCAAGCCGCGGGGCUACUCGGAGUGCAUCGUCACGGUUGGCGGGGAGGAGCGAGUCUCUCGGAAACCGACGGCAGCCAUGCGGUGUAUGUGCCCCCUCUACGACCCCAACCGGCAGCUCUGGAUCGAGCUGGCCCCCCUCAGCAUGCCCAGGAUCAACCACGGGGUGCUCUCGGCAGAAGGAUUUCUGUUCGUAUUCGGGGGCCAAGAUGAAAACAAGCAGACCUUGAGCUCGGGAGAAAAGUAUGACCCCGACGCCAACACGUGGACCGCGCUGCCCCCCAUGAACGAGGCCAGACACAACUUCGGGAUCGUGGAGAUCGAUGGGGUGCUGUACAUUCUGGGAGGGGAGGACGGCGAGAAGGAGCUGAUCUCCAUGGAGUGCUACGACAUUUAUUCCAGAACUUGGACAAAGCAACCUGACCUGACCAUGGUCCGAAAGAUUGGCUGCUAUGCAGCUAUGAAGAAGAAAAUCUAUGCCAUGGGUGGAGGGUCGUACGGAAAGCUGUUUGAGUCUGUGGAGUGUUAUGAUCCAAGGACACAGCAGUGGACUGCUAUCUGCCCGCUGAAAGAGAGGAGGUUUGGAGCGGUGGCCUGCGGCGUCGCCAUGGAGCUCUACGUGUUUGGGGGAGUCCGGAGCCGGGAGGACAUCCAGGGCAGUGAGAUGGUCACCUGCAAGUCUGAGUUCUACCACGACGAGUUUAAAAGGUGGAUCUAUCUCAACGACCAGAAUCUGUGCAUCCCCGCCAGUUCCUCUUUCGUCUAUGGCGCUGUCCCUAUAGGAGCCAGCAUCUACGUGAUCGGAGACCUGGACACAGGCACCAACUACGAUUAUGUGCGGGAGUUUAAGAGAAGCACGGGGACCUGGCACCACACGAAGCCGCUGCUCCCCUCUGACCUCCGCCGCACGGGCUGUGCCGCCUUGCGCAUCGCCAACUGCAAGCUCUUCCGCCUGCAGCUGCAGCAAGGCCUGUUCCGGAUCCGGGUCCACUCGCCCUGAGGAGCCCGGCAGCCGGCAGGCCCCGCCCGGCCCCGCCCAUCAGCCACCGAGACCUGCUCUGCGGGGCGUGGGUAUGGUCGCUCCGCUUAGAAGCUCCCGAGGAGGCCUCGUAACUGUUGCAAAGCCAGCCCCUCCAGCCGAGGCGUCCGCGGAGCACGGAG